UUUAAUUAUUUCCGUGUGUUUAUAAUGAUAUAAUACUGAUCACAUUCCAUUAGGUUGGUGGGGUCUUUAACCACCCUUCCAGAGUAAUUAUUUUAAGUUUUUAACCUUGUCUAAAAUAAUGAAAGUUGAAAAUAAGUAAGACCCGCAGGCUUGCGUUGUAUAAAAGGACUCAAACCAAAAAUUCCAAUGCGAAUACAAACUUUAAUUUUUUUCAUUGAAUGGGUUGAAUAAAAUAUAAUCUUAAGGAAAACAGAUAUCGUUUAAUAAAAUAAAAAACUAUUCUACAUGCUAAUAAAUAAUAAUCACACAUAUGUGAUUUCUAUUGUUUUCCGGGUAUAGUUAUAUGAAAGACAAAUAUACGAUUUGGCAUUUUUAUUUACUACCAAUCAAGAAAUCGAGUCCAACAAUUCAAUAUUUUUGUUAACACAAUAAUUAACACCCGACAAAUGUGGAAACAUUUGCACGAAACAAUUUAACGUAGUCCGGACAAGGUAGUCCAAGUGGAAGGACGGGCUUGGGUUGCUAAAACAAUCUGGGUUCGAUCCCCCCCAUGCGGAAACUACCCUGCCUCGUCUGGACACUAAAACGGGUACUGGGCCUUCGGGCCCAGGAAAAAACCUCCCGGGUGAAGCUGGCCUGCUGCCUGACCGGGCCCAGGGGAAUGAUCCGCGUAAGCGGGGAACCCCUGGAUUACAAAAAAAAAAAAAAAAAAAAACAAUUUAACGUAAACGUAUAAGAGCAUCGCAAACCGAUUCGAUCGUAUAAUUUUAUAAAGGAUGUUCUAUAUUCAUAUACAUGUUUAUUAGUAUAAUAUAUGGCUGCGAGAUAAGCAAAAAGACAAGUGUCAAUAGUGCAAGGUGAAUGCAAUGUUAAAACUGGAAGCAUUUUCUCCAUAAUCCCUAUAAAAUUUAAAGAUAUAUGUAUAUAACAGUUAAAUACAAAUUUUGACGAUUAGUCUAGAUUUAAUUAGGUUUAUAAUUUUCAUUUCAUCAUAAAUAGCUGAUAUGACCAAAGAAUGGAGAAGCCAUGCACGCAUGUUCACAUUGCAUUGGACACUAGGGUUUCUUUCAUGGUUGGUAGAAUUGGGUGAAGUUGGUUGGACAAAUCUCACAAAAAUCCAUUACACAGAAAAAUAAUUAUAAUUAUGCAGAUAUUAAGACGGAUAUUGUUUUAUAGACAAAGUAAUGUAGCCUAAAAGGAACAUUAAUAUAUACGCCGACAAAUAAUUUAUUAGACUCUACAGUUAACAUAUAAGCUCAUGACUACGUAAGUAUAUAUGUUAUUAAAUCAUAAAAAAUGACAAUGUAUGCGUGGAUGAAAUUACCUUGAAUUGUCAAAAUGUUAGCUGUAAUAAGGAACAGUUGAAAAAGACUACCGCGGCUGCUUCUCCCUCAAGGUCAGUAUUUGGUAGUGUACACAAAUCAUUUUCUUAUUUUAAUAUAUAGUUUAGUUAUAUAUGUGAUAUAUUAAUCAUAUAUAAACCCCAUCUAUGUCACAUUAUUGAAAAGCUUUUUGCUGUCAAUCAUCUUUGUUCUCCUCAAGGGAGCCAGAGAGGCCUUUUUAUUUGCCGUCUCUAAAUUAGAUUUGUUAAUAGAGAAUACAAAGAAAUGGAAGAAAAUCUUCCUCCAGGGUUCAGAUUUCAUCCUACAGACGAAGAGCUUAUAACACAUUAUCUUUGUCGGAAAGUCUCCGAUAUUGGAUUCACUGCUAAAGCUGUCGUCGACGUUGAUCUCAACAAGUGUGAACCUUGGGAUUUGCCAGACAAAGCUUCAAUAGGAGAGAAAGAGUGGUACUUCUUCAGUCUACGAGACCGGAAAUAUCCAACCGGUUUAAGGACAAACCGAGCAACUGAAGCCGGUUAUUGGAAAACCACUGGUAAAGAUAAAGAUAUAUACCGAAGUGGAGUACUGGUAGGGAUGAAGAAAACCCUAGUUUUCUACAAAGGAAGAGCUCCAAAGGGUGAGAAAAGCAAUUGGGUUAUGCAUGAGUAUAGGCUUGAGAACAAACAACCCUUCAAACCCGCUAAGGAGGAAUGGGUAGUGUGUAGGGUUUUCCAAAAGAACACAACAACAAAGAAACCACAAGAACAACAACCAGACUCAUCUUUUGGAUCUCCAUGCGAUGCAGACUCAUCCAUGGCAAAUGAGUUUGAAGAUAUCGAGCUUCCAAAUCUGAACUCAAACUCAUCAACCGUUGAUUACAAUAAUAUUCAUCAACAAUAUUUUCAAAACAACGUUUAUUCAGACAAUACUACAAGUACGGCUGGUCUCAACAUGAACAUGAACAUGAACAUGAACAUGAACAUGAACAUGGCUAAUCUUCCGGCUUGGACAACAAGUCUACUUGGUCCGCCUUUAUCUCCAAUCAACUCUUUGUUGCUCAAGGCUUUCCAAAUUAGGAACUCUUAUAAUAUCAAUCCUUCUCUUCUUCAACAAGGAGUCUCCAAUGUUAUGCAAGAUGGUUCGAGUUCAUCUCAGCCGCAACCGCAAGAUGAAGCGUUUAAUAUGGACUCCUUGUGGUGAAGAGAUUCAAAACUACAUAUAUAUUUGAAUUUCUUAUUAACUAGUUUUCAUGUAAUCUUCAUCAAUCUCAAUUGUAUCACUAAUUAUACACACAUAGAUCUUCUAAUGAGGUCAAGUAAAUUAAUUAUAGUGCAUCUUUUAUGUGAAAUAGUGAUAGUAUGGAAAAGUUUACCGUAUAUGCCAUGUCCUUUCAUGUUUAUAGGUUACUAGGGUAAAAGCCGCCCUACGGGCGGGUAAGUGAGUGAAAAAUAAUUUAAAUAUAGUAAUUAAUAAAAUAUAGUUAAAAUAAAAUAAUAUUAUAUUGAAUAUUUUGUUUUUUUUUGACAAUAAUAAGUUUGUUUUAUUUUAAAAAUAUUAUGAUGUAAAUGUCACUAUUUAACAUUUCAUCAAUGUUUAUUCUUUAAAAAAUUAUAAUCAGUUAGUAAAAUACAUUAAUUUGUUCAAUAUUGAAUUUGAAAUCCAGCAUAUAAAUUAUUUCUACCUUUAAAUUUUUGUUUCUGAAUUUAUUGACUCUUUUAAUUUCUCUUACACAUAUUAGUUUAGAUAAUUCAAAAAAUAAAACAUAAUUAAUCUUUUUUCUUAUAAAUAGCUAGAUAGUACAAAAAUAUAUUAUUGAUAGUCACUACAUAAAUUUGAAAUAUUUAUCAAAUAAACAUAUUAAUAUUCAAACUGAUAAGUGUUUAUAUAUAUAUAUAUAUAUAUAUAUAUAUAUAUAUAUAUACUAUUAUUUGCAAAUUGAUUUUUCACGUUCGAGCUCUUACGUUAAAAGUUGAAGUGGUUAAUAUUGUUUAUACCCUUAAUGAAUAAAAUAUAUAUAUUAGCCAAAACUAAAAACGAAUUUUAUUUUUUUGAUUAGAUAAAUGAUGAAUAUUAAUAACAAUUAGAAUGAUCCAAAAUCUAAAUAUAUAUAUUAAAAUAAAACGAUAAUUAUAAUGUAUGUAUUAAUAAGUAAUUAUGAAAUGUAUAUAUCCGCAUGUGCGGGCGAAACACAUACUAUAUAUAUUAUUUAGUUUUAAUAAUAAAAUCAGUGAUUGUUGUAUUUUUAUUCUAUUAGUUUUUUUUUGUAUUUGAUUAUAUUGUAUAUAUAAUUAAUCUGUUUUUAUUUAACAAAUUUACUAUAAUUUUUUUCCUUAAAAUGUUUUGCUUUUGUUAAGUAAUUUAGAAUCAUUUAAAUAUUAAAUAUGAUGUUUUUUUUAUCAAAAUACUAUAUAUCAUGUUUGAAAUAUAUUAUAUGGUAUAAUUUCGGAUCAAUCCACAUUUGUGCAUCAGAUAGUUUUUUAAAUAUAGUCACAUUCUUUGAAAAUUCAAUGCCCACAAAACAUACGAAAAGAAAGCCUUUCACAAACAAAGUCUGAGAGUAACUGUAUCGUACCUGCAUAAUAAAUCAACAAAAGAAACUAACUUUGUGAAUGAGAGGAGAAAGGAAAACCAAAAGUGAUAAGAUACAACAUUUGUUCAGCCAAACAUUACUUCCAUAGAAAAAGUUUCAUCUCAUGUGUGAACUGUUUUAGAGGACCUUUCUUCAGUUCAGCCACAUCAAUCAAUUGUACCAAAACAAAGUUGAUCAAUAAUGAAGAGUAAUGAAGAUAAACACAGUCAAGCUUGUUUGUCUAUCAAGCUGGCAAUAGUUUUAAUUACAAACCAUUUUUACUGCAGUGCUUCCAGUCUUUAAAAAUUUUGAACCUUCAUAAGCGUUAAAUAGUCAUAAGCGUUAAUAAACUGCAUUUUAACAAAAAGAAGCAUUUUACAACAGUUACAACAAAGAUACAGGAAAGCCAAGAGAGAGAUGGAUACAGUGUAAGUCCAUUGUUGCCUUCACCAAAGCAAGAUUGAAAAAAAUAGGGCUUCGGGAGAGAGAUGAUACCUUUUUAACCUUUUCCUUUGGCAUACCUGCAACAAAAAGUCCAGCAUAACCGAGAAGCACCUGAAAAAACAUUCCAAAACAUAUGAAAACACACAUAAUACAAUAGUUUAGACCAACAAAUAUAAUACAACUUUAAAAAACAUAGUACAUAAUAAAAAUGAAUUUGGUCAUUUGCUUCUAAUAUUAGUAUGUGUGUAAGAUCGGUAAUAUUCGAGCCUAGAGACACUAAUUCCAUGGAUUGAUCUGUAUAUUUCCUUCCAGCAAUUGGCUGCCCUGGUCUUGUCUAAAUUUUUCAUAAACAAUAUAAUAGUCUUUUACAUACAAUUAUUUUGUAACAUGUUGUAUUAAUGGUUUUCUUUUAUUAUUUAUUUUAAAAUAUUUUGAUACAAUAAUUUGGAUUCAAAAUUUAGCUGUUAAUAUAAAUUUCAAAGAAAUUCAUAAACAAAAUCAUAUUUAUGUGACACUUUAUGAAGGAAAUAGUUUCCAAAUAUAUGAAUAUGUCGAUUUUAUUUCAAUUCCUGCAUUAACGAUUUUGGAUUUUUGUAAAGCAAGUUAAAAUUAAAUAUAUACUUGUAUAAUAUAUUAACUUCUUGCAGAAGAAUACUUUCAAACAUCACAAUACUAAAAGGUGAAUAUGGAGUGUUUCUAGCCUGUACACGUAGGAUAAUAUAUUAGACCAAUCAGAACAUUUUAUUCUGCCACGUGAGCACUUCUUAUGUCGACUAAAGAACCUUUAGUCAAUACUGAUAAUCCGUCGGAAUUCACAUCGUUCACUCCGCAACGUCGUUUGACGCUUCGAUUUAUCCCCUGAGAGAAAAGAAAUUGGUGAAGAAACCGAAAGAACAGAGGAGGAGGAAGACAAAGAAGAACGAGAUAAGAAGAUCACUGAUUUUCUCUGUUCUGAAAGUGGUUGUGUUGGCUCUGUAUUUGGAGUUAGGGUUUAGUUUGAUGCGAAAAGGGGUUUUAGAAUCUGAGUUUACAGAGGAGAUAGUGAGGAUCUCUGAUGACAGAUCUCAUUCUGGUCGUGAUGUUGGCGAGAAAGUGACGAUCUUGGAAGAUGAGUUAAUGGGUUUUGCUAAAAGUAUAAACUUUUUGAGAUGCAGAGGUUCCAAUUCCAAUUGGAGAAUCAAUCAGGAUGGUCUGAUGUUGAAGUCUAGAAGUGUCUAUAAAUCUGUAACUGAAGAGGUGAAUGUAUGGGGAUGGCCUUUGCAGACAGGUGGAUUGUUUGGUACUGGUUUCUCCUCGAAGUUCGUUCACCGUGUUAUCAGGCCGAGUUACUAAUGUUACUAAAGCUAAUUCAUUUGACUAUCACAUUCAAAAUAUCUAUGCUUUUUGUUUGUUUAGUAUAUCUGUUUUUGAUGAUCUUCUUGAAGUGGUCAGAGGGGAGAUUUGGUUACUCGGUACGUGAGGCCAACAUUUCGUGGGGGAAAACUAAAUGGAGCACAUUGGUUCUGCAACUAGAUCAUAGCACAUGGGUUCUUGAGUACAGUCUAAGCUUUAGAUAACUUAACUUCAUCAAAGGUUCUUCAAUUGACACGUCAGACACGGUUGUUUUCGGCUUACAAAUAAUUAUCAGUCCAAUAAUUAUCAAUCCAGCCACGUCUGUUUGUUUCCAGUGAACUAAUGACCCAUUAUGUAAUUUGGUUGCAGGUCCAGACAAGAAGCUCUAAGCAACAAUACAAGUUUCGAGUAUGAACAGACUUGCGUAACUGCCGUUGGCUCUGUUUCCUCUCCAUUCAGUCAACUGAGUUAAUCAUCUUAAUAAUUGUUUGCAAUCAAGUUCCCCCAUUAUGUGCUAUUUAAUUCAGCCUAUACCUUCUAUAUAUGUAGACUCUGGUGUAUAUAUAUGGUCACUGUGCUCCAGAGGAAAUGGCCCGUUUCUGCAUCUCCUUAUCUAACGAAAUCUUUCUGAAGUGAAGCAUCAACUCAUGGCGAAUUCCAAAAUCCACCUUUCCAUCUUUGAGUGCAUGGACCACAAUCUGUACCAGAUAACGCAAGAAAGGGAACAACGACCUUUCUCUGAGGGAAAAAUAAGUACUUUUAUGUCUCAGAUGCUUCAAGUCCUCGCACACAUGCAUAAAAAUAGUUAUUUCCAUCGGCAACUGAAACCAAGUAUGUAUAUUUUGUCAUGUUGAUUCUCAAUGGCCUCUCUUUUACUUAACAAUUGUUUUAGUUUAUUUUUGUUCUGAAGAGAAUUUGCUGGUGACCAGCAAUAUCCUCAAGAUUGCUGACUUUGGACUGGCUUGCGAAGUUGCAUCUAUGCCUCCUCGAAAAUGUCUCACCAGUUUCAGGUAUGGUCUUGAAUAUUGACACCUAAAACAAUCAAAACACUUCUUCUCUAUGCAGACCGUAGGGUUCCAGCUGAAAGUUUCGAGUGAAGAAAGCAAGAGGACAGCUUUGGAAAUACAAAGAGUGUAAAGGUAGGCUCAAGAAAUGAUAUGUAGAUGAUAGAGCACAAGUAGUGUAUUAUUAUUGUUUUUGAAGGAAUUACAAUCUCAGUAUUUC